CUAUCUGAGGAGUCAGCUAACAUUGGAGAUUUCAGCUAACGUCAAGCCAACUUUUGCAGGCAGCUAGACUGGUCCCACAUCUGAAUGUAUCAAUAACAUGGCAACUUAACUUCCGUGUAUCCUUGUGUGUUAUCCGAAUCGUUUCUUUGGAGGUUGGAGAGAAGUCCAACCGCCACUUAUCAAGAUGAGUUCAGCAGGGGCGAGGAUGAUGCAGGCCUUCAAGUCGAUAUUUGGAGGUGGGAAGGGAAAAGUAAGCACACCUCUCAAGAGUUCAGUCCUGACUUCGACGCCUCCACCUUUUGAACCCUCUUCCACAGUAGAAGCCUUUGAGGUGAAGCCCCCCGCCCAAGUUGUUUCUGCCUCCACGGCAUCCACCGAGGAGAAACAGACAGCAGAACCAAAUGAGCAAACCAAGCCGAAGGCCAAGGAACAGACCGAGGCGGCCACUUUGAAAGCUGUCAAGCCGCACAUCCCGAUGAUUCGGUUUCGCAAAGGCGGUCUGCCCGAGGCUCGUCCGGCAGCAAGCCAACCCGCCCCGCAAGUUGCUCAUGUUGUAUCGAAACCGCCUAAAUCCGCCCAAGGUUCUUCAUCUACACCUGAUUGGACUCCCGUACAGGUCGGACCUCUUGAGUUCUGGCAGUUGCCUAGUAAAUUCCGAAAACGCGAUUUGGACGAACUUGAGAUCGAAGCCAUUAACAUGGGAGGACGAGAUAAGCCAUAUCAGUGAUCCUUGUGAUAACGGAGGGCAGGCUCUUAUCCUAAUGUCUUCUUAUAAAUAGUCAACUUGCUAAAAUGCUUUGUUAUUAAUAAACCUCCAACAUUUCAAAAACUGUG